GCAGUUUGAUCAGCGAUUUAUAAAAACCCAAGGCUUCCUCCCGCUGCGAACGUUACUUGUAGAUCGCAUCCUUUCCAUCUCAACAUCUUCAAAAUGGUUGCUGAACAGUGGAACGCCGGCCUCAACACGACCCUCGAAGAGGAAGACAAGGAGAUCUACGAUCUCGUUCAAAGAGAGAAAUGGCGUCAGUAUUCCUGUUUGGAGCUGAUUGCUUCUGAGAAUUUCACAUCACAAGCCGUCAUGGAGGCCAAUGGUUCUGCUUUGACCAACAAAUAUUCCGAGGGACUCCCUGGUGCCCGUUACUACGGUGGUAACGAAUACGUCGACCAGAUUGAAAACCUAUGCCGUAAACGUGCAUUGGAGGCCUUCCAUCUGACUCCCGAGCAGUGGGGUGUAAACGUGCAGCCCUACUCUGGAAGUACCGCGAACUUCUCCGCUCUUACCGCUCUUCUCGCCCCCCACGAUCGUAUCAUGGGAUUGGACCUUCCCUCAGGCGGCCACUUAACUCACGGCUACGCCACGGCAAAGAAGAAGGUCUCUUCAUCUGCGAUCUACUUUGAAUCACUUCCUUACCAAGUGGACAUGAAAACCGGUUUCAUUGAUUACGAUAAACUGGAACAGAAUGCUGCUCUCUACCGCCCCAAAUUGAUCAUCUGCGGUGCCAGCGCUUACGCUCGUGACUGGGACUAUGCACGUCUUCGCAAGAUUGCGGAUCAGCACUCAGCUUAUCUCAUGGCUGAUAUCGCACAUAUUAGCGGUCUUGUCGCUGCUCAAGAAGCGAACAACCCCUUCGAGUUCUGCGACGUUGUCACUACCACAACUCACAAAACCUUGCGCGGUCCCCGUGCUGGUUUGAUCUUCUUCAGGAGGGCGCCAAAGGGCGAGAAGAACUCUGACCUUGAGGACAGAGUAAACUUCGCUGUCUUCCCUUCAAAUCAAGGAGGACCUCACAACAACACCAUCGCUGCCAUCGCUGUCGCCUUGAAGCAGGCCGCUGGUCCCGAAUUCAAGCAAUACGCGCGGCAAGUCAAGGCGAAUGCUAUCGCCCUUGCCGAAGCAUUGAAGAGCAAAGGUUACAAGAUUGUGACUGAUGGUACCGAGAACCACCUUGUCCUGUGGGAUUUGCGGCCAAACGCUCUUACUGGCAGCAAGAUGGAGAAGAUCUGCGAUUACGUGAACAUUACUUUGAACAAGAAUGCUGUACAUGGUGAUUCGUCUGCUCUUGUACCCGGCGGUGUCCGUCUUGGUACCCCAGCAUUGACAUCCCGGGGUUUCAAGGAGGCCGACUUUGAGAAGGUCGCGGACUUCCUUGACCGGGCUGCAAAGAUCGCCAUCAACGUCCAAAAGACUACUGGCAAACUCAUUAAGGACUUUGUUGUAGCCUUGGAGUCCAACGAAGACGUCAAGGCUCUUCGUGGGGAGGUGGAAGCCUUUGCCCGUUCAUUCGCCAUGCCUGGUUUUGACCCGGCUAGUGUCCCAGAGUCCUGCAGGGACCACUAAUUCCUUGCAGCCAUGGCAGCAUUCCGAUGUAACAUAUCUAUUUUCUGAAUUCAUCUCCAAUAUAAUUACAUUGUAUAGUUUUAAAUCUUUUACCA